UAAAGUGCUUGACAAUAAUCCUGAUCGAAUUGGAAUUUGGGAAUGUUGGUUUUUGCAAUGAAAUUUUAUAGCUCCUGGUCUUGAUCAGUCUUAAGACAUUGAGCGAUCAUAAGUAGUAAAUGAUGACAGGUGUGUUUUUUGAUAGGUAAUCGUAUUUAUCUUUCUGCAGAACUGUUCUUAAGUGGAGGUGCAGCAGUUCUAUGAUCAUGCCGGCAGAACACUUCUCUACCGUGAAAAUGCUGCUUGUCGUUCUAUGUAUAUUUACGUGGGAUAAAAGGGACAGAGGCCUUGCUGCAAAUGUUCCAGCCAAGGUUAUGGUACCAUUUUCUACGGUGCGGGUGUUAAAAGGUUACAAAAUGUCAUGUUCAGCAACUGGCAGCCCGCCCAUACAAACAAAAGCGAUGUGGAACUCCAGCGUGAUGGCCAGUGCGUCAGAUGUCUUAACUAUCCACCUAAACAAAGAAGGAAAGUACGUUUGCGAGGCAAAGAACCAGUUUGGGAAGGACAAGAAAGAGUUCUCAGUCAAAUUCGCUGAUUGUGGACCACAAUGUUCCCAAGGCGACGGAGAGUGGUAUUCUGAUGAUUAUUCUCAAUGGGGAAAUACUUUGUCAUGCAGUGGUGUGAAAUUACCUCGAGUCAUCAUGAACUGCGCUCCAACAAUUGUUGAUGUCUUGUACCUGACCAGAAGUAACUUGGACAAUCUUCCUGUUGACAUGUUCUGGAGAUUCAGUAAUGUAAAACAUUUGUUUUUGGUAUCAAGCAACAUUCAAAACCUUCACAAGGAUUUGUUUUCUCACCUGAAAAAAUUGCAACAGUUGGAUUUGUCUUUGAACGAUAUCUCAGAGAUACCCGUGAAGUUAUUUUCAAGUGUACCACAGCUAAAUAGCCUAAAUCUGAGCUCAAACAAUAUCGAAGACAUCCAUGCUGAUGUCUUUUCCGCUCUUUCAGAUUUAACUUACCUGUCGCUGUCUCAUAACAAGAUGAAAAAGCCACACCCUAACUUGUUCAUGAACCUAACAAAUGUGGAAUACCUAGAUCUUUCGUAUAACCAAAUCGACAACUUAACCGACACUUUGUUUUGCUGUGUGGAGAAACUGGAAUAUCUAUUUUUGCAGCACAAUCGGAUUCAAGUUAUAACAAACUACACAUUUAGCAGUGCCAGGAAUCUGAAAUACCUAUUACUUAGUAACAACUACAUAGGUAUUAUUCCUUCAUUUGCCUUCGUACACAAUCGCCAGAAACUUGAAAUCUUAGUGUUAAAUGACAAUGAGGUUGGAGAAGUUGAAAGAGACGCAAUUGGUUUUGGUGAUGACCUACCACCGGAAGGAUUAAUAAUAUACAUGAUCCGGACAAAUCUUCCCGAAAUUAAUCUUUAUUCUUUCCACGGGCUUCAACUUUCAGAUUCUCAUGAAUUGGUCAUGAACGAUGAACUCAUUGGCUACCUGCGAUACUACACUGCCAGCGGCCGAGAUCUCUGUAAAAUAUAUCUGAAUCCGAACGCUUCCACCACAAAAGAAAUCAGUGUCUCCGCAAAGAUUUACGAAAAAGCAAGAUUAAGCAUGGUCACUGCCUUCCUUGAACUAGGAUUCGAACAGGCUUCGCACAGAUAUGAUGAGGAGAAUCUCACGCAUCAUUAUAGGUUAUCGCCAUGUCCAGAAGGAACGUAUUCACUUGGAAGUCGAGGAUGCCAAAAAUGUCCUCCAGGAGGUUUUCUUUCUGACAGCGCAGCCUAUGUUGCUCAGGAAUGUCUACCAUGUCCACUGGGUGCUUUUGUGAAAUUAGACAUCUAUCCAGGAACGAGGUACAAACACUGCAGGGCUUGUCCUCGAGGAACGAAUACCAAUCAACAAGCUGGACUCAUUGCUUGUACCUGCUUGGAAGGAUUUCAUCGCACUCACAUCUUUGGCAAAUGCGAGGAAUGCGAACGUGGCGGCGUGCAUGAAGGGCUCGACUGUACUAAAACUGACUUUUUGGAUUUAAAACCCGGCUACUGGUGGGAAUGGCAAAACGAGACACACAAAGAACGCUACAAGAAUUUUACCCACAAUCUUCUGAAGCCUGUAGCGUCCUUUGACAACACUUUCAGGGACUUCACAUACGAAAUGCCAAAAGCCACCAAAUGCCCAAGAGAAGAGUCUUGCCAGGGGGGUGUCGCCUCCCUUGAAAACCCAUGUAAGCCAGGCUACGAAGGUCCUGUGUGCGGAAUGUGCCAGUUUGGUUACUACAAACAGCUCCAAGCGUGCACCAAAUGCCCGACCAAGAGAUGGAUGGCAAUACAGUUUGGAAUCUUCUUUGGGUUUGUGUUCGUGAUCAUUGCCAUUAUGAUUUGGUACAGCCGGAAGAAGACGAAGAAGGCCCAAGGACGCGCUUUGAUAGAUGUCAUCUUUGCCAGGCUUAAGAUUAUCAUUGGGUUCUACCAGGUCACUUAUGGUCUGUUGGAAGCGUUCGCAUUCGUUAAAUGGCCUGAUGUCCUGGAGGAUAUCUCGCGAUAUUCAGAACUACUCCAGUUGAACAUUCUUCAGGUUGCACCACUUCACUGCUUGUUCUCCAGCCUCCACGUGGACGCAUUCGGAAGCUUGUUUGCCAGCAUGGGCUUAAAUGCUUUUGCAAUCAUGUUCUUUGCCUUUAUUUUUGGAGUGCGCUAUGUGAUGAUCUCGGCGAGUGGAAGCCUAACUGAGGAGGAAAAAUCCAACCGGAUCUCGCACACAAAAGAGCUGAUCUACAAGAAUUUAUUCUUCUUUUUGUUUGUGACAUACCUGAGCACUUGUUCCAAAACAGCCAAUGUCCUGCCACUGGCCUGUCGACGACUUUGUCGUGACAAAGGAGAAUCCUUGUGUGACAACUACCUGAAAGCUGAUUACGGCAUACGGUGUCACGGGUCACGCUAUCACCUGCUGCUGAUUGGGGCUUAUUUGAACAUUAUUUACAUCAUUGCCCUUCCAGCGUUCUCAAUCACAGUGCUCUGGAGAGAGCGAAGAAUGAUCCUCGCCUCCAAGGAAGAUCCAACGUUGCCAACAUGCGAAGACUUCUCAUUGAAGAAUUUGAAACCGAGCUCCUACAAAGAACUUGUCACCGGGCUGAGCUUUAUUUACGAGAACUACAGCACCAAGUCGUGGUACUGGGAAUUGAUUGAAAUGGCUCGUAAGAUCACCCUUACAUCAGGCUUGAUCCUAAUUGGACAGGAGAGCAGGGCUUAUGUGGGCGCUACAUGUGUCCUGGCUGGGCUGUACGGCAUGCUCUUCGCCUUCAGGGUUCCCAUCCAAGAUGCGUUUGAGAACAAGAUGAUGGUGACAUCCCUUGCAGUCACUUUUGUCAACCUGGGUAUUGGUACUGUGAGUAGAAUCCCUGCAGAGAACCGAGAGCCGUCAAAGGACCCAUUGAUGGACACAGCCAUCUUUAAGAUAACGGUGCUUGGAGCAAACACUCUGGUGAUCGGCCAACUUGUUGUGGAGUACAUAUCAUACCUGCUUCGCUUCCUCAAGAAAUGGAUAAAAAAUCCACACUGGUCUUUCGCUUGUUGUCAGAACCUGCUUCUACCAGUGAACGAUUUGCGAGAAGAUGACAAUGGGGGGCUUGUGGAUGAUGGGGAGCAGAUGGCUAAUGAAGAUGGCCAAAUGGAAAUGUUCUCGCUCUCUAUCGAAAGGCUCGAAAAUCACCCUUCAGCCAAAGAGAACGAGGCAUGCGCCAUUCACCCUGAUUCGAAAGAAGACGAGGCUUUCGCUAUUCGCCCUGCGGAAAACAAGGAUACGAUGCUGGCUAUGCACCCAGCAGCGAAAGAGAACGAAGCGUUCGUUGUUCACCCUUCGGAAUUGGACAGCGAGGCAGAUGUAUUCCGUGUCAGUUAUCUUGCUGCUAAAGCAAACAGGAGGUUUACCAGUCAUUUAAAGGAUGAGAAGACCUGCGCCGUUCACCCUACGACAAAAGACCACUUGGCUAUUGAUGUCAUUCCUGAAGAACAUGAAGGAGAACAAACACAAGUUGACAAUGCCGCUUUGGAGGAAGGAGAAGUCUUCGCACAAGGCGCCAAAUUGAACGGUCAAGUCGAGGAAGACGAGGAGGAAGAAGAAGAAGUCCCCCCGGUUGAGAUGUGUGAUCAAGAAGUACAAACGGAUUUAUCAACUCUGGAGAUGGAUGAGGCUGAGCUCUAUGAGCUGUUUGGCGAGCCGCUAGACGAAUCUCUUUGGUCUCAGCCAUCGACAGAAGACCAGGAUGCCAUCUUUCCAGACGGAAAUGACGACAUCAGCCAAGACAUUGAGUCUACACCGGAACCGGAUAUGGACCAAGAUGACUCCCAUAGCCAAGGCCAAGAGGCUUCGCCGGAACCGGAAGUUGACCAAUAUGACUUCAUUAGCGAAAACACUGAGUCUACGCAAGGAUCAGAAAUGGACCAAAAUGACUCCAACACCCACCAGAGCAAAGAACCUACACCGGAACCGGAAAUUGACCAAGUUGACUCCAUCAGCCGAGACACCGAGUCUACACAGGGAUCGGAAAUGGAACAAAACGAUUCCUACAGCCACCUCGGCAAAGAACCGGCACCGGAACCGGAAGUUAACCAAGACAACGAGACUUUCACAAGCGCUUUUUAGAAUGACCUAACACACGUCCCAGCAGCCUCAAUGAGCUGAGUGUGGAUGGCGACAUUUAAGAAUACUGUUUAGUCAUUGUUAGCUUUCAGUUGAACUCUAAAAUGGAUAAGCUGUUGAAGCAGUGGAUGUAGACUAGUAAUUGUAGGAUUUUAGUUUGGUACAUAUGCCAUUAUGCUAAUAUAACGCGUCUUAAUCCCAAUUUUUUAUCGUUGUUCUUUUUGUUAACAUUGUAGACCCAAACUAGAAACUAUUAGAAUGUGGGGAACCAGCGAGUGUCGUUUCUCGGUUGAGGUCUCAUUUCCAAUAUUUUCUGACCUUGAAGAGGAGACAAGUUGCUAAGAAUGCGCAACUCGUUGUCGCCACUUUAGGCGCACAACCUUCGGGAUAGUCGUGGUUACUCGUGCCUCGUUUUGAUUGGCUAAUCAGAGUCGGAAGCACUCCAUUCAUUUUACGUAGAUUUUCCGAACACGACACUUAACCGUGUACCCACCAAUUGUAAUUAAGGAUAAGCCAAUACAAUUUUUAUAAUCUCCAGAACUUAGUUAUAUGAAUAAAAGUUCAUCCAGGCAACCCAGGCUGCAGUGUAAAAAGGCAAGAACGUGCGUCACAGAGAACUUUGAGACUGAUCAAUUCAGAAAUUUUAUUAUUAGUUAAUAAGAAUAACUGGACUGUUAGCGUCUCACAGAUUCUCACUGUUUUUGACAUCCUCAGUUAUAGGGGAAGCCACAAACAGGUCUAAUCUGUUUCUACCCAGACCGAAGUGGAAUGGUAACGGUGGGGUUGUUAUUCAUUUAACCUUUCCUAUUUAUAAGAUAAUCACUUUAAUCAGUAUUUAUCAAGCUUCGAUCGCUUAGAUUUCAGCAACAUUCACAGUUGACUCCUGGCUAAGGCUAUUUGACCCCAAGUAGACGAAUUUUGAUAAAAUUCAGUUGUAAAACAUGAAACCAGGAAGAUAACGAAGUUUAAUUGAUUUCAAUUUAUUCAACCAUUUCAUAAUUUAGGGAACGGAUGUUAAAAACUGCGCUAUUUCCGUCCACUAUUUAAAUAUAUAUCCACUAUUUGCUAAGACAGCCAUUAGAUUUGUGUAAAUUUUGGUAAAACACUAAAGCAAGAAUUAAAUAAAAAGUGCAUAUUAAACCG